CCGGAAUUUUUAAGUAAAAAAAUUUCUUGAAAGGACUGAAAAAAACGAGAAGCUGGUGGAAUGGCGAAAAGGCCGCCAACCCUGGCCGGUGCACCGAGCAAGAAUUAUUGACGUGGCAAAAUUUGAAAAAACUCUCCAAAUUAAACUGCGUGGGAUCGAGAUGGAGAAAGAAGUCACACAGCAAACAAAACGUCCUCACAUCCCAAACUCAAAGUACCGUGAUCAGGGGCAGACUGAGAAGGCUUCAAAGAAAAGGGUUGACAAUAAAAAGAGAUGUCCUUCUAAAUACAACCACGAGGAGGAGGAGGAGAAGGAGGAGGAGGAGGAUGAGGCGCGUCAUGACAGGCCUUCAAAGAACAAGCGGGCCAGCGAAGAGGAGGAGCGUAUUGGGGAUGAAGAGGACAUAGUACCACCCUCUAAGAAAAAGACAGCUGCUGAAUUUAGAAAACACCUGGAUGAACAGAUGUGGGAGAGGAGGAAACUUGACCAAAUGCAAAGAAAUUUGCAGGAGUUGAGAAAUGAAGUCCAUUCUCUUAAAAAUGAAAAUGCACGUCUGAAAGACAUUAUCAUCAAUCAAAUCCCUCAAAUGAAAAGUGACAUCGCCAUUAUUGCUCAAAAGAAGACUGGAAGGACUCCUGUGGAGGAUCUAGAUUCCUCCUUCUCGACUUUUGGAGAAAUGCAACCGACUCCAGAGAGGAGACAGAGCCCAGAGGACACCGAGCCCUUUAAAGAGAGUCCCAUGGUGACUGAGCGCUUUCGAGAGACACCACAGACUGCAGCAACAGCUGAGACCUCAGCGAAAACACAGAUGGAAGUUAUAAAGGGCUCUGGGGUGUUUUGCCAGGCAGAAGCGUGGAAAGCAGCCCGCCUUGCCCCCUCUGCUACUGCCAUGGUGCGGAAUCUCCUGCUGGGCACCUUUGAUUUGGAGACUUUGCUGAAAAGCAACCUGAAUGGUGGGAAGCCAACCAGAGGGGAUGGGGAGCAGCUGGUCGCACUUGACCAAAUUAAAAAGGCAGCCAUUAUUGCCACAUUGCUGGGGUAUUGCGCUGUAAGGUGUGUAGUCCUCUAUUUUGUAGAACAUAUAGUGUUGCAAAUAACCUCAUGGCAUAUUGUUGUCGUCUGAAGUGUUCUUAAAUAAUCAUAUUCACCCCUCCUUCACCUUAAUCCCCUCUGUCCUGUGUUUGUGCCUUAUUUUGUCUAUACCGGUUAUUGAUUUGCUUGAUUUUAUUGCUUGAUCUUAUUGCUCUUCGAGUAAACCUAGCAUGGCAGCUCGCGGGUGGAAUGUGUGUGUGAAUGGGUCAAUGGGAGGACAUUGUAAUGUAUUUUGGGGGUGCAGGAAAAUGCUAUAAAAGUGCAGCCCAUUGACAACUAGAUAUGUUUACAUGUGCAAAGUUUCUUACAUCAGAUAAAAAAUUUGAGGGAUUAGAAUAUCUGAAUCUGUUUACAUGGAAACAAAUAAUCUAAUCAUGACGUGCAUAAACAUGCACCAAGCCUUAUUCAGAAUAAUAGCAUUUUGACAUCCGCAGAGCGGUCUUAAUUUCCCUAAAACAACUGCAGAAGUUGUACUUCACCUGUGUUUUAAGCUAAACAAAAAACUCGGGAGUGGCAACAUUUUUCCUAUCCAUGAAUUUUCUCUGCUUUGGAUGCACAUGAUUGACUGUGUGACUGUUAACAAUGCAGUUCCCAUGACGGACGUGUGCAUAUGAAAGAACAAUGCCCCCCCCCCAAAAAGGGGGGGUGAUGUUUCCAAUCAGAAUUUCUUUCAGAUUUAGCAGAAUCCAAUCAGAAUCUUCCAAUUGACGUGUUUACAUGACACAUUUUUUAUUAUGGUCAGCCCUUUAUCCAAAAUAUGUCUCCAGUCGCAGCUGUACUGUAAGCACUUUGGGUUCCUGAUGAAGCACUAUAUUAUUAUUAUACUGUCUAAUUAUUUUUGUCUUCUCUAGAUGCUACAUUGAAGAAGUGGCCGGCAGCCAGCCGAGGGCAGAUAGGCACAUCUAUCAAUUCAAAGCUCACGGAGCUGAGAAGAUCAACAAG